AUGUAUUUACAUGUCGUUGAAUCUACUCUCUCUCAAGCUGUAUUUAAAACUGAGUUUGCUAUCAAGGAUUUAGGUCAUCUAAAUUACUUUCUUGGUCUCGAGGUCCACUACACUACCAAUGGUGUCUUUCUUAGCCAGACCAAAUACGCUCAAGACAUUUUAUCUAGGGCCCAAAUGUUGGAAGCAAAAUCGACAACCACACCACUCCAACCUAAUAUUCAACUGACAACCACAGGAGAUCCAUUCUCUGAUCCCACUCAAUAUCGCUCUCUCGUUGGUGCACUCCAGUAUCUCACUAUAACUCGUCCUAACUUGUCCUACGCAAUAAAUUUGGUUAGUCAGUUCCUUCAAGCUCCAACAAAUGAUCACUUUCAAGCAGUUAAACGCAUCCUUCGAUAUGUCAAGGGCACCAUGUCCUAUGGCCUGUCCUUCACCCGCGGAGCUUCCCUUAAUGUUCUUGGAUACUCAGAUGUAGAUUGGGCUCGAUGUAUUGAGACUAGGCUAUCUACCUAUGUUAUUCCAUCUUCUUAG